CGUCAUCAUCCCCGAGAAGCUCGACGGCUUCAUCAACAAGUACGCCGAGUACACGCACGAGAAGUGGGCCUUCGACAAGAUCCAGAACAACUGGACUUUUGGGGAGACCGUGGAGCGAAGAGGCCAAAGCCCACCCCAUGCUGAGGCCCUACAAGACCUUCUCUGAAAAGGACAAGGAGAUCUACCGGUGGCCCAUCAAGGAGUCCCUGAAGGCCAUGCUGGCCUGGGAGUGGACGGUGGAGAAGGCCCGGGAAGGGGAGGACGAGCGGGCCGAGAAGAAGAAAACCCGGAAAAUCUCCCAGAGUGCCCAGGCCACCUACGGCCCCUCCCACGGGUACAGCCCCCAGCCCGUGGACCUGACCGGGGUGACGCUGUCCAGGGAGCUCCAGGCCAUGGCAGAGCAGCUGGCCGAGAACUAUCACAACACCUGGGGCCGCAAGAAGAAGCUGGAGCUGGAGGCCAAGGGGGGGGGGUCUCACCCCCUCCUGGUGCCCUACGACACCCUGACGGCCAAGGAGAAGGCUCGGGACAGGGAGAAGGCCCAGGAGCUGCUCAAGUUCCUGCAGCUCCACGGAUACGCCGUCACCCGGGGGCUGAAGGACAUGGAACUGGACACGUCGUCCAUCGAGAAACGCUUCGCCUUCGGGUUCCUGCAGCAGCUGCUGCGCUGGAUGGACAUCGCCCAGGAGUUCAUCGCCCACCUGGAGGCCGUGGUGAGCAGCGGGCGGGUGGAGAAAUCCCCCCACGAGCAGGAGAUCAAGUUCUUCGCCAAGAUCCUGCUGCCCCUCAUCAACCAGUACUUCCACAACCACUGCCUGUACUUCCUGUCCACCCCGGCCCAGGUGCUGGGCAGCGGCGGCCACGCCUCCAACAAGGAGAAGGAGAUGAUCACCAGCCUCUUCUGCAAACUGGCCGCACUGGUCCGGCACCGCGUCUCGCUCUUCGGCACGGACGCCCCGGCCGUGGUGAACUGUCUGCUCAUCCUGGCACGGUCCCUGGAUGCCAGGACGGUGAUGAAAUCCGGCCCCGAGAUCGUCAAGGCGGGGCUGCGCUCGUUCUUCGAGUCGGCUGCCGAGGACAUGGAGAAGCUGGGGGAGCAGCUGCGGCUGGGCCGGGGGACCCCCACGCGAGCCCCCACCAAGGGCGUGGCCCAGAACGUCACCUACACCUCGGUGGCCCUGCUGCCCGUGCUCACCGCCCUCUUCGAGCACCUGGCACAGCACCAGUUCGGGGACGACGUCAUCCUGGACGAUGUGCAGGUGUCCUGUUACCGCAUCCUGUGCAGCAUCUACAGCCUGGGCACCGCCCGCGGGCCACACGUCGACAGACAGAGGCCGGCCCUGGGGGAGUGCCUGGCCCGCCUGGCCGCCGCCAUGCCCGUCGCCUUCCUGGAGCCACGGCUCAACCACCUGAACCCCUGCUCUGUGUACAGCACCAAGAGCGCCCGGGAGAGAGCACUCCUGGGCCUGCCCAGCCGAGUGGAGGAGCUGUGCCCGGACCUGCCGGACCUGGAGCGGCUGAUGGGGGACAUCGGGGGCCUGGCGGAGUCGGGCGCGCGCUACACGGAGAUGCCGCACGUGAUCGAGGUGGCGCUGCCCAUGCUGUGCCAUUACCUGCCCCGCUGGUGGGAGCGCGGCCCCGACGCCGCCCCCCGGGGCCCCUGGGCCACCAACGUCACCGGCCAGCACCUCAACGCCCUGCUGGGCCACAUCCUGCGCAUCGUCGUCAACAACCUGGGCAUCGACGAGGCCUCCUGGAUGAAGAGGCUGGCGGUGUUUGCCCAGCCCAUCGUGAGCAAGGCUCGUCCGGAGCUGCUGCGCUCUCACUUCAUCCCCACACCCUCAAGGCUCGUCCGGACGGCGGGUAAAGUGGUGGCCGAGGAGGAGCAGCUGCGGCUCGAGGGCAAGGCCGAGGGCGAGGACGCCGAGCUGCUCAUCAGGGACGAGUUCUCCGUGCUCUGCAGGGACCUCUACGCCCUCUACCCCCUGCUCAUCCGCUACGUGGACAACAGCAGGGCGGGGUGGCUGACGGAGCCCAACGAGGACGCCGAGGAGCUGUUCCGCAUGGUGGGCGAGGUCUUCAUCCUCUGGUCCAAGUCCCACAACUUCAAGCGUGAGGAGCAGAACUUUGUGGUGCAGAACGAGAUCAACAACAUGAGCUUCCUGACGGCCGACAGCAAGAGCAAGAUGGCCAAGUCUGGAGAUGGACAG